UGUCACUCACUGUAUAUAUCCACAACAACACAAGGGGAUGAAACCAUAGCUAUUUCCUGGUGAAAGAGAUUCACCUUCUGUUCCACUGAUCCAUCAACAGUUACUGAAGAUUUCUCCUUGGAUUUUUCUCACUGUCUCUGUUUCAAGAUUGCACCUUCUCCUUUAACAGUGAGACACUGAGGGGACACAGACAGAGCCCACACACUGUGCCUCCUAACUAACCUCAAUCAUGCCUUCAGGUGCUAAGAAGAGAAAAGCUGCCAGGAAAAAGAAGGAGCAACAAAACAACAUCAACCCAUCAACUAGUAAUCCUCAAGGAGAUGAUGAGUUGAAGUCCCUAGAUGAGAAAGGAAGUGAUGGUGGUGAGAGUGGUUCACCUGCACAUCAUGAACAUGGUGACCAUGAUCAUCCUUUUAAUGAUGGGAGUGAAGAGGUGGAAGAGGUAGACCUAUCAGCUGCUCAACAAUUUGCUACUGAGGCCAAUUCCGUGGAAGAAGUCUCUGAUGAUGUUAAGAUUGAUGAAGUUUUGGUUGAAAAGGAGGAUAGUGUUGUUGUGAUAGAAAGAGAUUUGCAAUCUGAGGAGAUUUCCGAGAGAAGAAAUGAAAGUUUUGAGCACGGUGAAACUGCCAAGGAAUCACCAUAUUAUGAGGAUCAGAAGAACGGUGUUACUUCAAAUGGUGAAUCCCUUGCUGAGGAGAACUCAAAGGAUGAUGAUAAUCAUUCAUUUGAAGAGGAAAUUGCAUGUCAUGAGUUGGUUAAAUCCUCGGAUUCUUCACAACCUUCAGAAUUGAUUUCGACUACAGAAAGUGCAUUGAUUGAGGAGCCGGGUGAGUCAGCUGCUGAGUAUUCUGAUAAUUCACUUAAGGCUGCUGAUUCUGUGCCUGAGGUAGAAAAUGGUGAUGCUGGGUCUAGAAGUGUGUCACUAGAGAAGUCAGUUGUCCCUCCUGUAGAAGUGACCAAUCUUGCUAUGAAGGAAAAUGAGGAUAAUGCAUAUCCCUUAACUGAUGAGAAGAAUGCUGCAACGUCAAGUUUGGAGGAAUCUAUACCAAUGGAACAUGAUAGUAAAGUGUUAACUCCAUCAUCUGCUAGUCCUUCUACUGAAUUUACUAAUGGCACUAAACAUAUUCAGAAUUCUCAGACUCCAGAAUUCUCUGAAAAUCAGCCUCGUGUAACAUCAGCUCCAAAUAUGGUGCAAAAGACUUCCUGGUUGAGUUGCUGUGGGUUAUUUGAAGUUCUGUCAGGUUCAAAUAGAUAAUUUCAGAAAUACAAGCAUGAGGAUCUCAACUGAUGCGCCAAACUUGUGAAGACUUAGGAGGGACUUCGUAAAAAAUUUUUGUAAUAUUUUGAUAGAGUGUCUCCUUUAAAAUGUUCAACAAUAUGAUGGGCAACCUGGCCCAACUAUAUAAUCCCUAUAAGGUUUGUUUACAUUACAUUGAGGCUGGUUGUAGUUAUUGUUUUGGCAACAGUUUACGGCAAAAGAUUCCUUAGUCUCUCACACUACACUGUUAAUUCUGGGAUUUGUAGAUUUUGUCUUCCUUUCAGACAACCCUUUUAUAUGGUAAAGCAGCUACAGGCCAAUUUAUGUACUGAAACUUCUAUGAGAAAAUUUAUAUUGUAACUCA